ACCGUUUUUUCAUAAGAGCGAAAGAUUGAUUGAUUAUCACUUUUUUUUACAUUCUAUCAUGAAUAAAAAAUCGAUCGAUAAAGAUAAAGAAAUCGAUAGAUCAAUCACGUGUCUACGUAUUUUAUAUACCUAUGUUCAUGUCAAAUACGUGAUUGGUGGAUCUUUCUGAUGCAAGUUAAGUGCGAGUGCAUUUUGCUGAGAUGGAAGAUCUGAAAUUCUUGAAAUUUCAAAUAUUAGGACCAUGCCGGCAAUUAUAGACCGAUAAAAAAAUUGAUAUCAUCGAACAUUCGCAAAACAUUGUGAUAAGAAGAUAAAACGAUUUAUCUCGAGUUGCGUUCUAUAAAAUUUGACAGCGUUAGUCAGCUGAUGCAAGAAACGUCAGACACGUGCAAGAAGAAGGUUAACUGUAAAGAAAUACCGUUGAAUACUUUAUUUUAAUAGUUACAUGACAUGCUAAAAUAGAAAAAAAACAAAUUGCGAUGUCACGUGUGUUAUCUUUUUGUUCCCGCGAUAUAUCGCGUCGAUGUUGCUGACAACUCGCUUUUAGAGUCGUUUCUUUCUGGGAAAAUUUUCUAUUAUGUCAGUGUAGAUUUUUUGUGUAUGUAUGAGAGAUAUUUAGAGCGCGAUGAAUAAAUUAACGAUGAAUAAUAUAUCAUCAAACGUUGAUUUGGACGAUCCAAGAUUUCGUAUUAGACCGUAUCAGCAAAUUGUAGCUUCUUGCACUGGUGCAUUUAUCACUUCAGUGUUUGUGACUCCUUUGGAUGUGGUAAAAAUACGUCUUCAAACCCAGCAGAAAGCAAUGCUUUCAAACAAAUGUUUUCUAUAUUGCAAUGGCUUGAUGGAUCAUUUGUGUCCUUGUGCCAAUGGUGAAAUGCCUGAAUGGAUGAGAAGAAAUGGAAAAUUCAAUGGAACGGUGGAUGCUUUGAUAAAAAUAAGUAAAACGGAAGGUGUAAUAUCAUUAUGGAGUGGCUUGAGUCCCACUCUUGUUUUAGCUAUACCUGCGACUGUUGUGUACUUUGUUUCUUAUGAACAAUUGAGAUUAUAUCUUAAGGACACAUAUAAUAAAAAUUUCAAAAAUAGAAGCAGCAGUAUAGAACAACCCUUUUGGAUUCCCGUGUUAGCUGGUGCUACAGCACGGAUUUGGGCCGCAACAUUGGUGAGUCCAUUGGAGUUGAUAAGAACAAAAAUGCAAUCACAGAAACUGAGUUAUGCAGAAAUAACACAGGCAAUGAAAACAGUUGUGAGAUAUAGUGGUAUUUCCGGUUUAUGGAUGGGAUUGGGUUCAACACUUCUUCGUGAUGUUCCUUUUAGUGCUAUAUACUGGUUGAAUUAUGAGUCUAUAAAGAGGAUUUUUUAUAAUUCGUCGCAAACUUUUACUUUCAACCUAGCAGCAGGCGCUGUAGCUGGAUCUAUAGCAGCAUUUUUUACUAUUCCAUUUGAUGUAGUUAAAACGCAUAGGCAAAUCGAAAUGGGUGAAAAGGAAAUUUACUCAGAAAAACCUAGUCGCAGUAGCAAUACAUGGUCCAUAAUACAGAGAAUCUAUCAUCAGAAUGGAUUGAAGGGUUUAUUUACGGGAUUAACACCACGUUUAGUAAAAGUAGCUCCAGCUUGUGCAAUUAUGAUUGCGACUUUUGAACACGGCAAGCGUUUCUUCCAAUCAUAUAAUGCUAAGAAAGCCAACGAAUUCGAGAUUGAGCGUAAUGUACAUUUAUUGCAGCAUAAAUCUAGUAGUACAGAAUGAUGUACCUUCUAUAACAAAUUGUACAGAUUCGGAAUAAAAUUACGUUUUAAUUUAGUUUCUUA